GGAAGGCCAGGACUAUUUUAUUUUGAGGUGCAAUCCCGAGCUUGAUCUUUAUGGAUUUGGGAAACGCGCACAGACCUCGAUAAGGGCUUUGCAUCCUCGUGUAUUCCCUUUCUCCUGUUGCUUUUUAUGGCCCCUGAUGAACCCUGGAGCUCAACCAGGUCAUCUGAGUCCCCCGCUGGAGUUUCAGGGGCGAAACUGGAUUUUAACGAGGGCUCAGGGCUGCUGGACCUCAGCCUGGAGCAGCUGCUCCACGCCGGCCCCAGGGCUCCGAUUCGGCACCAGCUCGGCCAUAAAUCAGCUCCAUCCAGGGCUGGUGGCAUCCCCGAAUGGGAGGGGAUCCUCAAAAGCUUUUGGGAUCGUCUUACCACCGCCCUGCUGAAAAAAAAAAAAAGAAAAAAAAGCCAAAAAAACCAAAACAAAUGAGGAAGCUCAGGAUUUAUGGGCAGCGUCCUUGCUUUCCUUCGUGCCCCCCAGAGCCGAGGUCCGGUCCCCGCGCUGGCGAAACCGGACACCGCGGGAGUGACCGCGGGCAGCGGCCGCGCUCCGGGCCGAGCGCCGCCCCCGGGGCCGGGCGCCAGCGCUGCCCUUCCAGCCGCGCUGAAACCCUUCCUGCCCCGCAGGAGAGAGGCCAUGGCAGCCGUGUUCCUGCCCGGCAACCUCCAGGACGAGGCCACUUGCUCCGUGUGCCUGGAGUUCUUCAAGGACCCCGUGUCCAUCGAGUGCGGCCACAACUUCUGCCGGGCGUGCAUCGUCAAGAGCUGGAAGGACCUGGAGAUGGAUUUCCCGUGCCCGCAGUGCCGCGAAGUUUUCCAGAACAAAAAUUUCCGCCCCAACCGGCAGCUGGCGAACAUGUCCGAGAUCAUCAGCCAGUUCGCGCAGCGCGGGGCCAAAGGCGCGGAGGAGGACGGGCUGUGCCCCAAGCACCGCGAGGCGCUCAAGCUCUACUGCAAGGACGACCGCAGGAGCAUCUGCGUGGUGUGCGACAGGUCCCGCGAGCACCGCCCGCACGCCGUGGUGCCCGUGGAUGAGGCUUCCGAGGAGUACAAGGAGAAAAUCCAGGCGCGCUUGGAUUUCCUGAGGAAGGAGCGGCAGGAGCUGCUGGAGUUCAAAGUGAACGACGAUAAGAAAACCCAGGAGCUGCUGAAAACCAUCGAGGGCGAGCGGCAGAAGCUGCUCUCAGACUUCGAGCGGCUGCGGCAGUUCCUGCACGACCAGGAGCACAUCCUGCUGGGGCAGCUGGAGAAGAUGGAGAAGAACAUCUCCAGGAGGCAGAACGAGAACAUCACCGACCUCUCCAGGGAGAUCACGCUCCUCAACAAGCUCAUCGCCGAGCUGGAGGAGAAAAUCCAGCAGCCCAUGCUGGAGUUCCUCAAGGAUGUGACGGGCGUCAUCAGCAGGAGUGAUGAGGUGAAGUGCCAGAAGCCGGUCCCUGUCUGCACCGACAUGAAGAUGCACGUGUGCAACUUCUCCCUCAAAACCGUGGUCCUGGAGAAGGUCUUGAAGAAAUUCCGAGAAAACCUGCAGGACGAGCUGGGAAGAGGCGAAAAAGAGGACCUGACCCUGGACCCCGACUCCGCCAACCACCUGCUGAUCCUCUCGGCCGACCUCAAGAGCGUCCGCAUGGGCUGCAGGAAGCAGGAGCUGCCCGACAACCCCAAGCGCUUCGACACCAACUCGCGCGUCCUGGCCUCCACGGGCUUCAAGUCGGGGCGGCACUACUGGGAGGUGGAGGUGGGGCCCUCGGACGGCUGGGCCUUCGGCGUGGCCAAGGAAUCCAUCCGGAGGAAGGGGCUGACGCAGUUCUCCCCCGAGGAGGGCAUCUGGGCCGUGCAGCAGAACGGCGGCCGCUACUGGGCCGUGACGUCGCCGCAGCGCACGCCGCUGUGCCUGGGCGGCCGCAAGCUGAGCCGCGUCCGCGUCUACCUGGACUACGAGGGCGAGGAGGUUUCCUUCUACGACGCCGAGAACAUGCAGCACAUCUUCACCUUCAACGUGGCCUUCCAGGAGAAGGUGUUCCCCCUGUUCUCGGUCUGCUCCACGGUCACCUACAUCAAGCUGUGCCCCUGAGGCACCGCGGGCUGGGACGAGUCUCCUCCUGCUUGUGCCCAUCUCCAG